GCUGGCAUGCGAGCGGGCGCGGACAGGAGGGGGGCAGCGACCGGGCAACACCGCCGCCGCCGCCGCCUCCAGAUCAAAGCGGGCGGAGGCCGAGCGGGGCGCCCCGGCUGGCCUGCGGGCGCGCGCCUGCCUGGCUGCCAUCCCCGCCCGGCCUGGGUCUGCGCGGCGCGGGAUCGGGGCCAUGAGCCCCCGGGGGCGCCGAGCCGGGAGCGCCGCAGCAGCGGGCGCAGGGGUGGAAGGAAGCGGCCGGCGGGCGCGGUCGGAGGGCUUCCCGGCGGGGGCAGCUGCCGCCUGAACGCAGCCCGCGGCGACGGAGCGCGGAGGCCGCCCGGCCGAGGUGGGGGAGCAGCCCGGGCCGGCCCCCCCCACGUCCCCACCCAGCCAGGUCUGGGAAGCGGAAGCGGCGGCGGCGGGAGAGCAGCGGCGGCAGCAGCAGCAGCAGCAGCAGCCGCUCAGCAGCUGCCGAGGCUGCAGCGCCGCGCACAAAGCAGCAGACAUGAGCGAGUCUGUGGUCUGCAGCACCCGUGCCACGGUCAUGCUCUACGACGACGCCAAUAAGAAAUGGGUCCCGGCAGGAACUGGUGCCCAGGCCUUCAGCCGCAUCCAGAUUUACCACAGCCCUGCCAGCAACACCUUCCGGGUGGUGGGCCGCAAGAUGCAGCCCGACCAGCAGGUGGUCAUCAACAGUCCCAUCGUGAAGGGGCUGAAGUACAACCAGGCCACGCCCAACUUCCACCAGUGGCGCGAUGCCCGCCAGGUCUGGGGGCUCAACUUCAGCAGCAAAGAGGAUGCCAGCCAGUUUGCCAACGGCAUGAUGCACGCCCUGGAGAGCCUGGAUGCCGGAAACUCUGCUCCCCCCCUGCGCCCCACCCAGAACGGACCCACUGCAGAUGAACUGGCAGAGCAGCAGAAAAGGCACCAACUGCAGCUGGAGAAGGAGCAGCCGGAGCAGGCAGAGCGGGAGCGACGGGGGCCCAUCGGAGCCCCUCAGGUUGCCCCUCCAGCGGGGGGCCCUCCGGCACCCCCGGGACCACCUCCAGCCCCCCCUGGGCCACCACCAGGACCUCCGGGGCCACCGCCAGGAGCCCACAGCGGCCCUCCCCCUCCUCCUGGGCCACCCCCUCCUCCAGGCCCACCGCCUGGCCCUCCGCCCUUAGGAGGGGGGCCACCCCCGGCCCCUCCCCUCCCUGCUUCCCUGGGCCCAGGUGGAGGGGCUGGACCACCCACCGGCUUGGCCGCAGCUCUGGCAGGAGCAAAGCUGAAGAAGGCGGGCAGGGAGGAAGGAGCAAAGCCCGCACCUGGUGGAGGCGCCCCCCCCAGCGCUCCCGGGGGAGGGGGGCUGAUGGAAGAAAUGAGUGCCAAGUUAGCCAGGCGAAGGAGAGUUGCAGAGCAAGGCGAGAAGACCAUUCCCAAAAAGGAGGAAGGCCCUUUGCACCAAGAAGACGCUGAUGCCACUGGUGCCAAGCCCACAGAUGCCUUCCGGAGACCUUGGGAGAAGUCCAGUACAACCUUACCCAGGACAGCCGUGAGCCAGAAGACCACUGCGCCCCCCGCCACAGGUCGGCCCCAGGUCGGCCACUUUAGGAUGAAAUCUGCUGGAGCCAUGACGGCCGGAGAGCCCGCGGGUGGCGCAGGGGAUGAAUCCGAGCUGGAACGGGUGAAACAGGAACUUCUGCAAGAGGUUCAGCGUGAACUACAGAAAGUCAAAGAGGAGAUAAUCCAAGCAUUCAUCGCAGAGCUUCGGAAGAGGGGGUCCCCUUAGCCCCCAGACCCAGCCGGUGCCACCCGGAGUCAGCAGUCCAAUUCUCCCUCUUGCGCAGAAGAGAAUAAAAUGGAAAAUCACAAAGGCCCCCUCCUCACCUUUCCAGUCCCCUCACGCACCAGACAAGCCCCCAUGCACCCGCUUCCCUGUCGGCUCCCACCGUGCAAUUUUGGGGCGAGAGAGGGACAAUCCGUGCUGUCCCCCACCCCAGGAAGGGCAGGACCCCCACCUGUGCCUUACCCAGAGCAAUAGCAGGACCCUCCCCGACACCCCUCCCCAAGGAAGGAAGCGGGCUCUUUCCCUGGCGGAAGGGGCUCCUCUCCUCUCACUGGGCCAGUCCAGGAAGGGCCAGUCCCUCUGCCCCCUCCCUUUUGGGCUCUCAGACAAGAACUGUGGUUUCCUCCCCCACCCCAGAGGAGGGGCUGGCAAAGGGCCCAGGGAAAUACCCUUGACUGAAGCCAAUGUUGGAGGCUCCCUUCCUGCAGCUUGCAAGGACCAAACUGGGCAGUUCUCCUGGGUGGGGGUCCAUCUCCCCCCUCUCCCGGGAGCGUUUCUGAGCCCCUCCAUUUUCCUCCUGCAGAAGAGGCGGCAUGAGUGACAGGCAGAGCAGAGCCAGGUCCCGUGGCUGCAAACGGGGUGCCCUGUGGCAGCUGGCCGGGAAGCCUUGGCUGAGAUGCCCCCUGCCAGCCCCCCAGGUUGGGAGCGCUGCUCCUGAGGAGGGUGCCCCUCCUUCCAAAGAUGGCGCUCUUCUGGGCAAGGGAAGGGCCCUGUCAGUCCCCCCACACGCUUCCCAAGACCCUUUCCGCAUUCCGUGUCUUCUGCUGGUUUCACUCGGUUUUGUAACUCUUUGAUUUUAUGCAAGGGGAGAGGGCACUUUUUAAGGUAUUUUUUCUCAAAGGCCCCCCCCCCCUCUGGGUCUUUUUUUUUUUUAAUAAACAGGUUUUCACCCUUCUACCUCCUUCAGGCCAUGGAGGGAAACAGGGCGGGUUCUUGGCUUUUCUACUGAGCUGUAAUUUUUUGACUUUUGUUUUUGUCAAGCUGGAUAGAAUAUUAUAUUUUGAUUUUAUUAUUAUUAUUGUUAUUACUGAUCUGCUGGGUUUCUCUGCCCGACCUCUUUGCACCCUUCCGCCACACCGCACGCAUCGCCUGCAGAUGGGCACUAGGACCUCGGGCACGUCCACCAGACUUCUCUUACGAAUAAAUCUUUUCCUUUUUGUAAAGUUACAAAA